UUCAUUACGAGUUUGUCUGUUCGAUGGUAUGGUCGUUUUAAUUUAAUAAAGAGAAAAGAAAGUUUUUUGGGCGCGAUUUUUGUUUUUUUUUUUUGUAAUUUUAUAAUAAAAGAAAUAAUAAAUAAAUACCGUUUCUUCAUAUUUAAUUUUUAUAUUAAAUGUUUUUUUCUUUUUUUUGGAUUUCUUACAUAGAACACGCUUUUUGCACUAAUUUAUAUUAAAUAUUGUGAAUUGUGGUAUACAUAAGCGGAAAUUAAUUAUUUAAGGAACAAAAAAGAGGAAAGAAAUUAGAAAGAAACAAAAAAAAAAUAAAAAAAAAAAUAUAAAAUUAAAUUUAUAUUAAAUUUUUUGUUAUAUUAACUGAAUGGGUAUAAAAUUUUAUAUACCCACAAUAUUGGAAAGAGAAAAUAAUUAAAAAACAAAAGAAAAACGAAUUUAACACUUGCGGUGAUUGAAUCACACGAGAUAGGUAAAAAAAAAAAUAAAAAUAUUGUUUCUGUGCUUUUUUAAUUAAUUGCAAAUUCUAUUGAAUAAAAGAAGGCAAAAUUGAAUUUUCUCAAUUUAAAUAAAGAGAGAAUUAAAAAUAAAUAAAAUAAGUAAUAAACCAUAAGAGUGAGAGUAAUAAACCAUAAGAACGGACAAAAAAACACCUGUUGGAAAAUAACUUGUUUUCAUUUUUUUUUUCUUUAAAUUCAAUGCACUUUUGAUUAUUAUUUUAAAAAAAAAAAUUUGCUUAUUUGCAUAGCAAAAAAGAAAAAGGAAUUCCAGUGAAUUUAAUAAUUAAAUUAUUUUAUUUUUCAUUUUAGAUUUUUGUUUUCUUUGAAUUUUGCUCUAAAUAGCUCCUCUAUUGUGAAUAGUUUUGCAUAUUUUAAUCAUAGAGGAUUUCAAAAUUUCUAAUGUGAACUUAAAAAUAUUACAAAUAACACGAACAUCAGAUAAAAAAUUUUUACUUGUAAUUAAUAAAAUUGGAAAUAAAUAAUUUAAAAAAAAAAUUAUUAAAUAAAUAAUUUCAAUUUAAGCAACUCUACUUUAUAUAAAUGUCAAUUUUUUUAAAUAGUACAAAAUCAUUUUAAAAAAAAUCUUGAAGAAGAAUGAAAAAUAUUUGAAACAAUUUCACAAGAAAAUGAAUUUAUAGGAUUUUGGAAAAUUAGUUUCAUUUUAAAAUAUAAAAUUAAAAAGAGAAGAAAUAUUUAUAUGAAUUGAAAAAGAAGAAAAAUUCUUUGCUGAACAUUUUUAUUUGGAAUAACAAAAUCAAGAAAAAUUUAAGGGAAUUUUAUUCUAUUACAGAUUUAUACAAGAAUUAAUUAAAAAUCAACAAAAAUGGCGGUAGAUUGUGGCCUUUGGUGUGCAAAAUAUAUUUUAUGUUUAUUUAAUUUCUUAUUUUUUAUACUUGGAACAAUAGUUUUAGGAGUAGGAAUAUGGUUAGCAGCUGACAAAGCAUCACUUAUAUCAUUAUUAAAAAUGGUUGAAAGUGAACAUAUUAAGCAAUUUACGCAACCAGCUGUUAUAGAACAAUUAGCGUAUGUUUUAAUUAUUUGUGGAGCUAUAAUGUUCAUUUUAAGUUUCUUGGGAUAUUGUGGAGCAAUUAGAGAGAGUCGAUGCUUAUUAACAACAUAUGGAAUUUUCAUGAUCAUUAUUCUUAUUGCUGAAAUAUCAGUUGCUGGAUUAGCAUUUGGCUACAAAGAAAGGGCAAAAUCUGAAACAAAAACAUUCUUACAAACGACCAUAAGUAAAUAUUAUUCGAGUACAGAACAUACUGAUGCUGUAACAUUAGUUUGGAAUAAUAUAAUGGCACAGAGACAUUGUUGUGGUGUUAAUGAUUAUCGUGAUUUUGAAUAUUCAAAAGGAUGGCAAACAUAUAAAGAGAAUCGUACAGUACCAGAUGCAUGUUGUGUAUUAAAAGAUAUGAUAAAAAUAAUACCAGAAGAUCCAAAAUGUCCAACAAGUCCACAUAGUGAUAAUAGUUAUUUCCAAAAGGGAUGUUACGAUGCUGUUGUUGAAUGGUUAUUAUCAAAUAGAAUAAUAAUAAUUGCUGUUGCUUUAGGUGUUGCCAUAGUACAAUUAUUGGCCAUAUUUUUAGCAUUUUGUUUAUGUAAAGCAAUAAGUAAAUAUCGAGAAAUCGAAUUUUAAGUCAAAAAAUUAAAAAAAAUUAAAAUAAAAAUAUUAAAUGUAAUUAUGUAAAAUUUUAAUAUAAUUAAUUAUAAUUAAAUAAAUUAAAAUUUUUAUAUGUUUUUUUUUACUA